AUGUCAUGGUGAUGGAUGCUCUAAACCCUACUUUCACAACAUUUCAAUUCAUAACUCAAAACCAGUAGAAAAUUCGCCUCCAAGCCAAAUAUAAACUAUGAAUUGUACUCAGAUUCUAAACAAAGAGGGUGGUAUAAAAUAAAAGAGUUAGAAUUUGGUAGUGCGAAAAAAAGAUUUAGAAGUUAAGCAAUAUUGCUAUCGCUUAAUGCUAACAGUUGCGCUUGCCUGGCUGGGCAAUCCAUAAUUGAGGAGAGUUUUUAUAAGCCUAAGUGAGGUUUGAUCCAAAGCUAAGUCGAGGAUUAACUUUUUAAAUGUGUAGGGUGAUUAUGAUCCCUCUUGUUUCAUUGUGUCUCAACUCUCAACUCACAUGUACUUGAUAGAAGUAAUACAAAAUCUCAGAUCACUCGAAGUCCUUAUGUACACUUCAUCUGGUGGUACAUUUUUUCCUUUUAAAUUGAUGUGCCCCAAGGUUUUUUGACUACUAAAUGACGAAGAGAUAUUUUAUGACAAGCCCAUCAGUUUGAAAGCUGUAAGGAGACAUGGAUGCUUCAGGUGGUCAAGGACUCUACCCAUUGCACCACUGCAAAACACUUCAUUUGGUGAGACAUGCGCAAGGAUUUCACAAUGUCGCUGGAGAGAAAGACCAUGAAUCAUACUUAUCCUAUGACUAUCUUGAUGCAAGCCUAACUCCUCGUGGAUGGGAGCAGGUUGAUAACUUGCAGAAGCAUGUUCGAGCUAGUGGACUAAACAAGAAAAUUGAAUUAGUUAUCACAUCUCCCUUGACAAGGACCAUUCAAACUGCAGUUGGAGUCUUCGGAGCUGGUGACUGUGCUGAUGGUAUAAAUGUUAGACCACUAAUGGUGGCAGAUGCAGGGAACAGUAGCCGCCCUGCAAUCUCAAGCUUCGGUUGCCCUCCAUUUCUAGCAGUUGAACUUUGCCGAGAACACUUGGGAGUCCAUCCAUGUGACAAGAGGAGGAGUAAGAGAGAGUAUGAAACUCAGUUUCCUGCAAUAGAUUUCUCAUUGAUAGAGAAUGAGGAGGACAUAUUGUGGAAGGAGGAUGUAAGAGAGACAGAUGAAGAAGUUGCAGAAAGAGGAAUGAAGUUCUUGAAAUGGCUAUGGAACCGGAAGGAGAAGGAGAUUGCUAUUGUCAGUCACAGCGGUUUCCUGUUUCACACGCUCAGCGCUUUUGGAAAUGAUUGUCAUCAAGUUGUGAAAGAUGAAAUAUGUACACACUUUGCUAACUGUGAACUGCGUUCAAUGGUCUUUGUGGACAAAGGUAUGGCGAGUUCUGAUUCUGCGACUACAAACUUCCCUGGUAAAAUUCCAAAUGGACUCGACCUCCCGAGUGAUGUUGCAGAUGAGAAGCUCGCGUAAAAGACAAUCCAAAGGUGACACAUUAAAAUGAUUUGAUUGCCAGUUUAGCAUUCUGGAGUAUACACAAUUGAUCAAUGUUUAUCAAGUACCCACAACAUAGUAUAUUCUUUUACAUUUAGAUUUGACAUUGAGUAUUAUUCAGUAUUCUGGAACUUAUCAGCUGGAAUACUGAGCCUAUAGUUACCGAUGUUUGGUUAUAGUUUUUGGAGGAAUGAAUGAACCCAAGGUUGUGUAUGCGUUAGGAAAAACAUUUCCAUUUUGUAUUGGCCCAGAAUCUAAUACGGGCAUAUCGUCCUCAUAAGCUUGUGGAAAUUCGUUUUCAGGGUUC